UAAUAGUUUACUCUACAUACAACCCUAUUGUGUUUUACAUAUUGCCAUCGCCCCCUUUUCAAUAUUUUAUUGUAUACCUUUGUAAAGUGUAGCAAGCCUCCUCUGAUCUCUAUGUCAGAUUAUUUUUCAAUCAAAUUCAUCUUGGAAUUCGCCUAAAAUGCAAUAAAAUCAAAAUUAACAGUAAUGUUUAGCGGAAGCUCUGCAAUGACUUAUGCAAAUAGACGGGAACAGAAAUGCAAAUUUCAAGCGUGUCCAUGUGAGAAGUGUGUGUGUUUUCGUGAGGAGCGUUUAGCCAGCGGUGGUUACAAUGAACUGCCCGACACGCCGCCUGAACGGCCUUCACUCAAAUAUGCACAAGAUGCUGACAGCAACUGUGCCUGCCAACCAUACAACAUUGGUCCGAAGUAUAAACGAAAAUUUCAGCCGAUUCGGCAGCAGCGCAAGCAGGACACCGAUGAAGUCAAGAAAUGUUGUAGCUCAAAAGCAGAAGUUUGUGAUAGUGGCAAAGGUUGUUGCAACACAAAUGGCAACUUUAUGUGUUACUUGAUCAACGUAAUUAGUUUCAUAGCCUUCACAAUUAUAGCUCUUCUACUGUUUUGGCUGAAAAUGUGCGAAUGGACGUAUGCUUUAUGCGUGAAAACUUAUCAUUCGAAUAGGAAAACACAACUCAUUGUUAUUAUUAUAACUAGUUUUAUGCUUAUAACUAUGAUUUUCACCUAUUUAAUGACUGGUACCCCAUAUCAGAAACAUAUUACUCCAUGCAAGGGAUCGCAUUGUGUUACCGAAACUAAAGAGUUUACCGUGACUAUAACUGAUGACAAGGCACAUGAAAUAUACAAACAAUCCAAAUUAUAUGCCAUACCACUCGAAAUGAAACAGCCGCCCACAUUGCUUCUCUAUUUACGCAGUCUUAUUCUAAAAGAUGAAUGAAUUUACAGCAAAAAUUAAACGAAUACUAAAUUUGUAAAAAA